AUGCGUAGACCGUCUACUUGUACGGAAGGGACAUGCUCCUAUGCUCCCGUAAAAGUACAUGUACUUGAAAUAUCUCCUUCAAAUCACUCCGUCUCUCAAUACAUCAAUCACUCCAUCUCUCGACUCUAUUCGCGACACCACCCAGAAUCGAACUCGCGAUACUAUGGACAGCCACUCGCAAGCUGUCUAGUCGGACCACGCAAAUAUCUCGGUUGUCACGUUGGAGCGGCCAAGACGACCGUCACAAGACACCCAUUGUGUCUGACCAUCCUUCAAAACAAUCGAAAUACCUGUCCAACCCCCCAACCCCCCAAACGGUCCACUUCAUCUCCCGUUCGAAGAGGGGUUAGGGUAGUCAUUUUAGCCAGCGACGUUGGGAGUUUGAAAACAAGGUUCGGGCAUUCCCUCGACCCUCAUUGGUCCGGCUGGCUGGGUCUAUUAUCGCCAACUUUUCAAGUGUCUGACUGCACAUUAGUUCUAACCCAAGCAGAAAUGUCUGGAAUUCAGGUGAGUGACAUUGUGAGAGAAGGCGGCGAGAGCGGAGAGGGCGAGCGGCGAACGACAGGAUGGCGGGGCGUUUUCGGACCGCUUCUUGAUGGAUUGCGGGAAGGAUAA